AAUAAUAAUCUAAGAUAAUAAUGGAUAAUUUUGAACAAAUUGCGAUUAACUUAAUAGAAAAUAUAGAAAAUGCCGAAGGACAACGGCGGCAGCGGUUUUUUCCGGAUAAUCCUUUUGCAUUAUCAGAUUAUAACUUUGUUAAGCUAUAUCGGCUAAGAAAAGAAAAUGUCCAGGAUUUAGAAAACUUGCUAGGCCCUUUUUUGCCAGCCCAACAUAAAGUAGAUGCGUUAACCAAUAGAAACAAGAUUUUACUUACUUUACGCUUUUUGGCCGGUGGAAGCUACCAAUUAGAUAUAGGCAGAAAUCAAAUGAUGAAAGUAAGCCAGUCUUCAGUAAGUAGAUCACUCCAUAGUGUAAUUGACGCAUUCAACCAUCAUAAUAUUCUGAAUACUUACAUUCAUUUUCCUAAUUCAAUGGAAGAGUUGAGAGAUGUUAGACAGAGGUUUUUUAAUCUGUAUCGACUACCAGGCAUUAUAGGGUGCAUUGACUGCACCCAUAUCGCAAUUGUAGCCCCAGUUAUAAAUGAACAUAUUUACAUGAAUCGAAAAGGAUUUCAUUCUUUGAAUGUUCAGAUGGUAGGUAGUAAGCGGAAUAAUAUCAUUACACUUUACUUUACCGUCCCAGUUGUAUAUUAUGUGUGUUAUUUUAAGAUAUGUGAUGAAAAGUUACGCAUCACAAACGUUAAUGCACGUUUUUGUGGUAGUACCCAUGAUAGUUUUAUAUGGCAGAAUUCCAACAUAGAACGUUUUCUAAGUGAGCUUCCACAAAAUGAAAUGGGAAAUUUUUAUCUAUUUGGGGAUUCUGGCUACCCGAUUCGGCCUUGGUUAAUAACACCAUUUUUACCUGAACCUGAACCUGACACCCCAGAAGCAAGAUUUAAUCGUCGAUUUAGAGCAAUUCGGGUUACAGUUGAACGAUGCUUUGGGCUUCUAAAAAAUAGAUUUAGAUGUCUUUUGAAGCACCGUGUUCUUCAUUAUACACCAGAAACAGCUGCAAAAAUUGUAAAUACCUGCGCAGUUCUUCAUAAUAUUUGUCUUGAAAACAAUAUUCCCUUAUACAAUGAUGAAGAAAUGAUGGGUUUCAAUGAGGUGGAAGGUGGAAACCUAAAUGAGAAUAUUAAUCAUAUCCCCGACAAUAAUGUCCUUGGACGAGGACGGGAAGUACGACAAUUAUUAGUAAAUAAUUAUUUCGUUUAAUAAAAUAUACUGAGAUACAAAUGUCUUUUAUU